UACCUUCAAUCUGGUUCCGCGUGUUGAUAGUGAAGACAGGAUCGAAGAGAAACAAAUUUUUAGCACCACAAACCCGAACUAAGGCCGAAACCAGAGGAAAAUGGACAUGAAGAAGAGGGUCUCCUUAGAGCUGAGGCACCGGUCGCCGACAGAGGUCCAGGAGCUGGUUCUGGAUAACUGUCGCUCUAGUGAAGGGAAGAUCGAAGGAAUCACAGAAGAGUUCUCCAACCUGGAGCUGCUGAGCCUCAUCAACGUCGGCCUGACCAGCGUAUCAGACAUCCCCAAGCUGGACAAACUCAAAAAGUUGGAGCUGAGUGACAACAGGAUAUCAGGCGGUCUGGAGGUCCUGGCGGAGCGGCUGGUGAACCUAACGCACCUCAACCUCAGCGGGAACAAGUUCAAGGAUAUCAGCACCCUGGAGCCUCUGAAAAAGCUGCCCCAGCUGAAGAGUCUCGACCUGUUUAACUGCGAGGUGACCAACCUGGCCGACUACAGGGAGUCCAUCUUCAAGCUCCUCCCCCAGCUCACCUACCUGGACGGCUACGACAUCGACGACUGCGAGGCGUCCGACUCCGACGGAGAGGGCGACGGCGUCGAUGAGGAUGAAGAAGAGGGUGAGUCAGAGGACUUUGAGGAAGAGGAAGAGGAGGAUGAAGAGGACGUUGUGGCUGAAGAUGACGAUGACGACGACGACAGCGGCGACGACGAGGACGGAGAGGUGAAUGGAGACGUGGACAGUGAGGACGAUGAUGAGGAUGAGGAAGACGAGGAGGAUGAUGACGAGGAUUCCUCUCCGGCCAAAGGAGAGAAGAGGAAGAGGGACCCUGAGGAUGAGGAUGAUGAAGACGACGACUAAGGACCCACAGAGACCCCGCAAACCCCUCUGACCUCUCGCCCGGUGACCCCGCCCACCCACACCCCGACACCUCACCGCCGCCACCAACACUGGUCCUGCUCCUCUGACUCCUCCCCCCCUCCACUCGGCCGACUCCUGGGCUUGCGUCUCUUUUCUGAACCUGGUCUCCUCCUGCUGCGCCUCUUGUCGGCUCCUCAGACCGAAACGACUCCCGUUAACUUAUAAAACACCUCGUCCUGCUUUUGUUUUGUUUUGUUUUGUUUUUUUAUUCGCUUGAUCUUUAACUUCUAAAAGAUAAAACAACAAUUUACAUCAUCUCACAAAUGUUUCCCCCAAAGUCUCUGAUAAUAACCUGCAAAUAAUUUUCUGUUCAUAUAAUUCACACUUUCUGUUUAUGUGAACUCAGGAAUAAGACACAAAGCUGAUUAAAACUCCACCUGAUCAUUAUUUUCAAUAUCAAUUAAUCCACUGAUUAUCGUCAUGAUUAAUUUUGUCUUUAAAAUGUCUCUGGUUCCAGAAGCCGGAGACAUUAUUUGGCGUUUUUUUUGUUUGACAAAUGAAUGAAACAGUUACAGAUAAAUAUUCUGUCAAUCAACUUGUUUUCCGAUAUGCAGCUGAACAGAGUUGGUUAUUGAUUUUGAUCAUUUGAAUUAAAGAGCCUCUGGUGAUCGUGAUCGUGAUCGUGGCCCAAAAUGGGGGGAAAAAGGUUUUUCUCUAAAUAAAAUAAAACAAAACGUCAGUCGAGAUAAAACGCAGGUUAUUUUCCUGAUUUUCUUUGCACCUCUAAACUACGUUAAGAGGUGGAACACGGCAGCCAUUUUGAAAUGUAUCACAUUAACAUAGUGUUUGUGUUUCUCAGGACGUAACGUCACGAGGCGGCAUUUUAUCUCCGUUAACAGGAAGUAAAUUCAUCACCAGUUGUAAGAAGCUCAAACGAAGCGUCACAGAUCUGAGAUGUUGCUGCCGUGUAGUUUUUUGUUUUGUUAGUUUGUAAUCAAACAUAAGCUUCUGUUUUCUUUUUCUUUUUUUUGAGAAAAGUUUGAUGUAUAAACUGUCAAAAUCACUUUUUUUGUAAUAUUUUGUUGGUUCAUUUGCAGCGUCAAAGUUUUCCCGUGGUCGUUGUGUAAUUACUUGGUGAACAAAGGUUUCAAGAGAAGACGGAGCGUGAGAAAUAAAUGCAUGUGGGUCGUUUCUGUGGAGGGAGAACGGACAAGAGCUCACGGGAGGUGGCGGCACUUCUGGGAUGCAAAAGAAUAACCAAAACCCUUGAUUUCUGCUUUCCCGUCCUCCUUUUUGUCCCUCCCUUUUCCCGUCUUCCCCAGCACCCCCCCUCUCUGGCGUUGUAACUCUGUGAUGUCACUGACGGACAGUGGAACCCGGCGAACGUCUUGAGAUCUCCUCCCACAACCCUCCACCCGCCCUCCCUCCUCCCAUUUCCCCCGAGGCCGAGCGCGCUCAGGGCAAACUGUGUUCUCUCUCUUUUUUGCCAACAGAGCUUUUUAAAGAAAUAUUUUUUCAAAGAAAUUGUUUUUGUUUAAUUU